GAGUUCAGUGCAAACCUGAAAUCAACGCAACUUGGGAGAGCAAGAGACAAUCAUGGGCUUUCUUCCUGUCUUUUCUUUAGAAACAUGGAUUCUACUGAUCACAUUUAUCUGCCUAUUUGUUAUGUAUGGCCAAUUGACCUUUGGAGUAUUUGAGAAGUUGGGGAUCCCAGGUCCCAAGCCCACAAUGUACAUGGGGACAGUCACCAAGCAGAAUGCUGUGUAUUACAUAGGAGACUGGGAAAAUGCUCAAAAGUACGGGAGAAUAUGGGGUAUGUAUGAGUUAAGGAAACCCAUGCUGGCUGUGACAGAUCCUGACAUGCUGAAAACCAUCUUGGUGAAGGAGUGCUUCACCUAUUUUCCCAACCGGAGAAACUUCCGUCUGAAUGGGGAUCUCUAUGAUGCAGUGAAUAUUGCUGAAGACGAACAGUGGAGACGGAUUCGUAGCAUCCUCACUCCCACCUUCACCUCUGGCCGUAUAAAAGAGAUGUACAGCAUCAUGAAGCAUCAUUCCCGCAGGAUGACUGACAGCCUGCAGUCCAAGGCCCAAAAUGAAGAAGCUGUUACUGUAAAAGACCUCUUUGGAGCCUACAGUAUGGGCGUGAUGGUGAGCGUUGCAUUCGGUGUGGACAUCGAUUUAUUUAACAGCCCUUCAAGCCCUCUCAUCACUCAUGCCGCAAAACUGUUUAAUUUCCCCCUGGGUAUUUUCUUCCUCCAAGGAUUUUUUCCCUUCUUGCUUCCUCUCUUGGAGCUGCUAAAUGUCUCCAUUUUCAGCAAGGCAUCUACUGCUUUCUUUAAGAAGCUUGUGGAGGAGAUCAGAGCAGAACGCGAUGGCAGCUCAGGGCAGAAGCCAGCAGAUAUCCUUCAAUAUCUGAUCAACUGCCAGACAAUCACUAAACCCACUAAAGAAACAUUAAAGAACGGUCUAACUGAUCAUGAGAUCACAUCCCAAGCGACAAUGUUUAUGUUUGCCGGAUACGAGACAAGUGCCUCCACUCUGAGUUUCUUAGCCUACAAUCUGGCAAGAAAUCCAGAAGUCAUGAAACGCCUGCAAAAGGAGAUAGACGCUACUUUCCCGAAUAAGGAUCCGGUCCAGUAUGAAGCUCUGAUUCAGAUGGAGUACCUCGACAGUGUUGUCAAUGAGAGUCUCAGGCUCUACCCCCCAGCUGCACGACUCGAACGAGUGGCUAAAGAAACUGUCAAGAUCAAUGGAAACACAAUCCCAAAGGACAUGCUUGUGAUGAUUCCUGUCUACGCUUUGCACCGUGACGCCGAACUGUGGCCAGAGCCAGAGGAGUUUAACCCUGACAGAUUCAGUAAGAAGAACAAGCAGAACAUCAACCCAUACGCUUACCUGCCAUUCGGGAUCGGGCCAAGGAAUUGCUUGGGGAUGCGAUUUGCUCUGGUGAUGGUCAAACUGGCGUUGGUGGAAGUUUUGCAGAACUACAGCUUCUCAGUCUGCGAGAAGACAGAGAUUCCUUUACAGAUGAGUCCCUAUGGUCUGACUGGACCCAUUCAUCCCAUCCAAUUAAAGCUGGUGAUGCGUGGCACCGAAUCGGAAAGUGUGGACUACUAGAAAGUGCUCACAGAUACAAUGCUCAAGGCUGAGAUGACCUCUGAAUUGAUUAUAUUAACAACUGAAAAUGCUACAUAAAGCUAGCUACUAUAAGAUUUACGUUUUUAUUAGAAGCUUGUAAUCUGAUCUGAGACAAAAUAGAAAGUUAGUCGACCAUGUUGGACACCUGUAGAACAUAACUGGAGGUUAUGUGUGUCAUGGUGAUGAAUUAUGGCAUUUUGUGUCAAUUGAACCUUACACACAAGGAUUUUGAAUUCUUUGAAUAUCACACAUGAAUUAGUAAUGGGCAAUGGUCCAAAUACAAUAUCUACCAAAUUCAGUGAAAAAGCAAAGACCUUGAAAGAAUUCUAUUUUAAAAAAUAUCCUAAAUAGUGGGAAACAUUAGAUGUCCAGGAGACACAUAUACACUGUUUUCUAAGAUUAUUUUUUGUAAUAUAACCCUGUUGUUAAACUGAUUAUAUGUAUUUACAAUCUGUAACAAAGUGUACUGUGCACUGAGAAUUUUGAAUGAUAUUAAAACAAAGCAUUUUAUACAGUUUAUGUCA